AUGAGUAAAACGGAUUGUGCAUCACAGAAGUUUGCCAAAAGUGACUCGAUACAUCACAUGAGCCACUCCCAGAGGAGACCAGAGCUGCCUCCUCUGCCUGCUUCGGUUGAUGAGGAACCAUCUGAACUCUAUCAGACUGUCAUGUCACACAGCUUUUAUCCCCCCUUGAUGCAACGCACAUCGUGGACCCUGGCCGCGCCUUUCAAAGAGCAGCACCACCACCGUGGACCCAGCGACUCCAUUGCCAACAACUACUCCCUGAUGGCCCAAGACUUGAAACUGAAAGACCUGCUGAGGGUCUACCAGCCAGUCUCUAUCAAUGUCCCUAGGGACAGGACCAGUCAGGGGCUGCCAUCAGGUACUUCAACUAAAAGUUCAUCAGAGCCCAACAAGAAGAAAAUGAAGUUCUCCAGAGACAAAGAGAAUCCCACUGGGACCAAGUCAGCCUGCAAUGCCUUGGCCCCCUCACCCUUGAGGAAGGAGGUGAAGAUCUCUUUCACCCUCCCGGGUAGCAGACCGAUGAGUCCAGAACAGCAGAUCGACAUGAUGUUACAGCAGGAGAUGGAAGUGGAAAGUAAAGAAAGCAGACCAUCGGAAUCAGACCUGGAGAGAUACUAUUAUUAUUUGACCCAUGGAAUCCAAAAAGACAUGAUUGCCCCUGAGGAGAACGAAGUGAUGGUCCGGAUUUCAAAGCUGAUUUCUAACACGCUGCUGACCAGUCCCCUCCUGGAACCCCUGAUGGUCACCCUCGUGGAGGAGAAGCAGAAUGACUACUACAGCAGCCUCAUGAAAAGCAUCGUUGAUUACAUCCUCAUGGACCCGAUGGAGAGGGAAAGGCUCUUCAUCGCGAGCAUCCCUCGCCUGUUCCCUCAAAGAGUGAUCCGGGCCCCCGUGCCCUGGCACAAUGUCUGCAGGAGCGCCAAGAGGUGGAACAAGGAACACCUGCACACAGUGAACCCCAUGAUGCUCAGCCUGAAAGAACUGUGGUUUGCAGAAUUCAGAGACCUCAGGUUUGUUAGAACAGCGGAAUUACUGGCAGGAAAAUUGCCUCUGCAGCCUCACGAAUAUCAGGAAGUGAUCCAGAGACACUGCGAGGAGGCGCGCCACGUUCUCCUGGACAAGUGGAUCACCACCUGUGCCCAGCUUUUUGCCUCCAGGAAGGAACAGUGGGUCCAUUUUGCUCCCAAGAGCGACUACGAUUCCUCGCGAAACAUUGAAGAAUAUUUUGCUUCUGUUGCAUCCUUCAUGUCACUCCAGCUCAGGGAGUUGGUCAUUAAGUCCCUCGAGGACCUCGUUUCCUUUUUCAUGAUACACAAGGAUGGAAAUGACUUCAAGGAGCCCUACCAAGAGAUGCAGUUCUUUAUACCUCAGCUAAUCAUGAUCAAACUUGAAGUCGAUGAACCUGUUAUUGUCUUUAAUCCAUCUUUUGAUGGCUGCUGGGAAUUAAUACACAACUCUUUCUUGGAAAUUAUUAAGAAAUCUAAUGGGAUCCCCAAGGUGGAGUCUAUCCUGUUUCCAGAAUUGAAAAGAUACAAUCUGAUCCUUAGAACCGUUGACACUGAAGAAAAACUUGUUUCUGAUUUUGUGAAUCAAACUUUCAAGGUAUUUCAGAAGAAUCAAGUUGGCCCCCACAAAUAUUUAAAUGUAUACAAAAAGUACGAUGACUUAUUGGAUAACUCCGCCGAGCAAAACAUCACUGCAUUCCUGAAAGAAAGUCAUGAAAUCGAGGAUUUUGUGACGAGGAUCAAUGCCAUAAAGAAACGGAGAAAUGAAAUUGCAUCCAUGCACCUUACUGUGCCUUUAGCCAUGUUCUGCCUUGACGCCAUGACCCUAAAUUAUGAUCUCUGUGAGCGAGCCCAAAAUCUUAAAGACCGUCUGAUUCAAUUCCAAGUGGAUGUAAACCGGGACACCAAUACCAGCAUCUGUAAUCAGUACAACACCAUCGCAGACAAAGUCAGUGAGGUUCCUGCCAAUACCGAGGAACUGGUACUCCUCAGUGAAUACUUAAAAAAAUCCAGCAAUGUCACUGUGUUCAAACUCAGGAGGCAACUUAGAGACGCAGCUGAACGGCUGGAGUUCCUGAUGGACUAUGCAGACUUGCCCCAAGAGGACAUCAAAUUGAACAGCACUCUGUUCCUCUGGCCAGAACAGAUUGAAGAUAUCUUCGAAAGCAGCCGAAACCUGCUCCUUAAUAAGAGGGAUCAGGCGGAGAUGGACCUCAUUAAAAGGUACAGGGAAAGUCCGGGGCUGUUUUGGAAAUAA